UGAGUCUCUUCGCCCUGGAGCGUCUGGCGAGCAGCAGCCCCAAAACACCGGUGAAGCCGAUGACUCCCGCCCGGGGAUAGAAGUCCUUCGGCGGAUUCUUUUUUUUGCUGAAUGGAGAGUUUGGGAGUAUCAUCUGCUCAGAACCUUCAGGCUCUGUCGGCUCUGCUGUCAGCUCAGCAGGACGACGAUGACGACGAUGAUGAAGGAGACAGAAGAAGAAAUGGGACGACCACUGCACAGCUGGGUCCUGGACACAUCGGUUCCCCACCCAAGAAAGACAAAGAGGUGACAACUGUCUAUGUGAAGAAGAACAGCAAAGACAUCUGGAGCGAGGACGAAGUGGCAGAAGCUUCUCACUAUGACGAUGAGAGCGACCCGCGGCCGCAGCCUGAGUAUGAAAUCCUCCUGAAGCAGAGUGUGGGGACAGAGGACAUGUUCCUGGGCUUGAGUGGAAAGGAUCCGUCCUCCAUGUGCUGUGACGCCAUGCUGGUGAAAAUCAAACUGCCUGAUACUAAAGCAGCAGAUGUGGUCCUGGACGUGAAAGAGAAGUUCCUUGAUCUUCGGACGUCAAAGCAUAAACUGGGCCUCCAUCUCCCGUGUGCUGUCCACAGCCAAGAGGGCAAGGCUCAGUUCUUCAGUGAGCGAGAGGAACUGGAGGUGACGCUGUUCCUCAAACGCUCCACGGAUUUUAUCAACGUGCAGUGAGAAGAAAUAUAAAAAAAAACACAAGUAUUCGGAAGAGACGGAUGUGACACCAGAUCACAUCUGAUCAAGACCGUAUAUUUCCUUAAAUGAACGUGUAAAUGUGUCAACACUGAUUCUGUGAUUGUAAGCAGUGGUUUUCUAAUAAAUAUCUGUCAUAACUA